CUUUAGAAAUAACGCACGAGCGAGGGUGGUGCGCGCAGGAGUGACGCGGCUACGCGCGCGGGGCGGGGCCGGGCUGGGCCACGGCGCUGGCGGCUCUGAGGUUUCAGUGCGAUUCCAGCCCGUGGCCCUGCCGCCAUGAGCACCAAGCAGAUCACCUGCAGGUAUUUUAUGCAUGGCGUAUGUCGUGAAGGCAGCCAGUGCCUGUUCUCACAUGACUUGGCGAACAGCAAGCCAUCCACCAUCUGCAAAUACUACCAGAAGGGCUACUGCGCCUACGGAGCACGCUGCAGAUAUGAUCAUACAAAGCCCCCAGCUGCAGCAGGUGGAGCUGUGGGUCCUGCGCCCCACCCUUCGCCCUCCUCAGGCCUGCAUAGUCCUCACCCUUCUCCCGACAUUGCCACAUCUGUUAUGAGGACACAUUCAAACGAACCUGGAAAGCGGGAGAAGAAGACACUGGUGCUCAGAGACCGCAAUCUCACUGGUCUGGCUGAAGACAAGACGCCUCCAAGCACAGUGAAUAAUCCAGGUGGCUGCAGUGACCCUCAGACCAGCCCAGAGAUGAAGCCCCAUUCCUACCUAGAUGCCAUCAGGACUGGCCUGGAUGACUUGGAGGCCAGCAGUUCCUACAGCAAUGAGCAGCAGUUGUGCCCCUAUGCUGCUGCUGGGGAGUGUCGGUUUGGAGAUUCCUGUGUCUACCUACAUGGGGACAUGUGUGAGAUCUGCAGGCUUCAAGUCCUUCACCCCUUUGACCCAGAACAAAGAAAAGCUCACGAGAAGAUGUGUAUGUCGACAUUUGAACAUGAGAUGGAAAAGGCUUUUGCCUUCCAGGCGAGCCAGGACAAAGUAUGCAGCAUCUGCAUGGAGGUGAUCCUGGAGAAAGCGUCCGCUUCUGAGAGGAGGUUUGGCAUUCUCUCCAACUGCAGCCACACCUACUGCCUGUCCUGCAUCCGGCAAUGGAGAUGUGCCAAGCAGUUUGAAAACCCAAUCAUAAAGUCUUGUCCAGAGUGCCGUGUGAUAUCAGAGUUUGUAAUUCCAAGUGUGUAUUGGGUAGAAGAUCAGGAUAAAAAGAAUGAAUUAAUUGAAGCUUUCAAACAGGGAAUGGGGAAAAAGGCAUGUAAAUACUUUGAACAAGGCAAGGGAACCUGCCCCUUUGGAAGCAAGUGCCUUUACCGCCACGCUUACCCCGAUGGGCGGCUGGCAGAGCCAGAGAAACCUCGGAAGCAGCUAAGUUCUGAAGGCACUGUGAGGUUCUUUAACUCAGUGCGGCUUUGGGAUUUUAUCGAGAACCGAGAAACCCGGCAAGUCCCCAGCACUGAUGAUGUGGAUGUGACGGAGCUAGGAGACCUCUUCAUGCACCUUUCUGGAGUAGAGUCAUCAGAACCCUAGUCUAUGCUGAUGCCUUCAUUUAGGCUCUGCAGUCAACUUUCCAAGGCAUGAUGCGAACGCAUCUGUCACUGAUCUGAGGUGACAUGGUACUGGGAUGUGAGUGCAGUAGUGAGUCCCCAUGGUCUCUUCAUGAUCCACUCUCCCUGCCCAAGUCCAUGGAAUCACUACAUUUAGAGUUGAGCUCUUAGUUGUACCUGCAGCCUCUUUAUCAGGGAUCAGCUAUGUGGUCCAGCUGUUUUAAUUGAUUGCUUUUAAAUGAAACCUGACUACCAUCUUUCUUUUGUCACUUUCUUCCUUAAGCAACAGUAAACUUGCAGCUGCUCAUAAAGCAGCAGAUCUGGUUUUUUUUUUCCUUGCCAAGACAUCGCCAGCCCUAUAGCUCCUCUGCAGUGAGCAUCUCUAAUAUAGUUAUGAAGCUGUGUAGUGAGGACACAUUUGCUCAUAUUGGUGCUGUACCAGAGGGUAGCUAUUGAGUUUCUUCCAGUGUCUCAGGUCAAAAGGUUGUAAAGAUCUCCAGGGACACUCCAUUUUAUCCUCCCCUGUACUAAGAGACACAGGACUCACUCAAAGGCGAGCACUGCUGUUCUAUAAAGUGGGCUCUAUACUGAUUUUUGUGGUAGGCAGGAGCAGUCACUCCUCUGUCUAAGAUCUGGAGACAAGCAAGCUUGUCCUAAACCUGAAUUUAUUUUUGUAAAAACCUGUUAUUACCUGUGUGCUUUUUGCUUGGUUGUUCAUGUAACUCUAGAGGAGGCUCCUUCAGUUCUGUCCGCACAAGAAACUGAACAAGUAGAGCCCACGCUGCAAGUUUGAUAUUUACUUCUGAAGGAGUCAGUAGUCAUUAAACCUAAAUUUAAUUUAUUUUAUUAAAAUAACAUAAUUGAAGAACCAUCAGAUAACUGUAUUUUAUCAGGCUCAAUAAAAACAAAAUUAAAA